GCGGACUCAUGUUAACAAUUGCUGUUGUCUGUGGCGAAUUGUGGCGGAUCGCAUGUGAAUUGGUCGUCGAGUGAUAGAACCCUAAUAUCUGUAGUUGUAGACCGGGUCUAGAUAGCAUCCACACUCCUCCACUCCCGCUAGCGAUAUUAUCGCUAGUAAAGACGAGUUUAUCAACCGAUUCCUGCCAAUGCUGGGGAGUAACCAGGUCCUAGCCGACCCCAAACGAUCAACACCUUAGAUAGCAAAAGAUAAACUUGAGUUCUUGGCUGCGAGCCGACUCCUUUAGGCUUCUUAAAAUCAAGCUCGCACGUGAUCUACUGCUGACAUGAUGUUGUCACUGUGGGCGAUUGUUUUCGUAGCUAUGGCGACAAUUCAAUUUUCAACAGCCGUUGAGUAUGCUGUGGCCCCGCAGACCGCGCAGUCAUGUGACUCGGUGUGUAAGGACAAGGGGUUGAUGUGUACCAUCACCGGGCAUGGCUUCCAAAUUAAGUCGAACAUUCAAAUAUUCCACGACCUCGACGUCAAAUGCGACGAGUCCGAAUCUUGGACGGAUAACUACAUCUUCCGCGACAACCCGGUGUUUCUGCGCAGUGGCUGUGACGCCAAGGACUUCUGCGUAGGCUUCAAGGGAGUCCCGUUCAGAAUUGAUUGUAGCUAUGGUAAAAACAAGGUCAUGUACAGACUUUGUCCUUGCGUAAAAGGUGUAUUUGAUCCGUACGCUACCGUCGCGACUCGUCAUGGCGCGUCUACCGUGUCUCACUUCACCAUUGAUGGCAACCUGUUCUUGGCUUAUAGUAGAUAUCGCGGCACUUCUAGACAAGCAAGCACCAAUUCGUACAUCUUCAGACUAGAGGAUCAAAACUUUAAACUACAUCAAACCAUUCGGACCAAGUACUUUCUACCAUCCCAUGUCAGGAGCUUUAAUAUAGACGGGGACCAUUACCUGGCCAUACCAUACGCAAUCACCAUGCACAGGACAUCGUCUGUGGUUGUGGUCUCUAAAUAUGACCAGGAGUCCCAAAUCUUCCAGCCAAUCCAGGAGCUGAAAGACGGCAAAGCGCAUGCGCUUUCCACCCUUUUCUUUGAAAUUGACUCGGCCAAGUUCCUCGCGGUCACAGGCUUUAAACUCCUGGAAAUCUACAAAUGGACUCAGACAAAGUUCAGGCUCAUCCAACGCCUGGCAGUCGGCAGAGACUACAUCCCAGAAUGCAGCGCGUUUACAGUCGAGCGCAAUACUUUCCUUGUAUGCGCAGUGUGGGGCUAUUACAAGAAGUCGCUGGCAUUCCGGUGGACUGGGGAUAGGUUUAUGAUGCAUCAACAGCUGCCUAUCGGUGGCUACAUCAGCUCGGCCGAGACCAUGCACAUGGGGAACGACACCUUUCUACUGUUUCUAGCCAAACGACAGCGCAAUUUUGGAGCCAACCUCUUCAACACCAAGUCCCCGAUAUAUAAGUUCAACAAGGAGACGCAAAAGCUCGAGCUAUUCGAUGAGUUAGACACGCUAGGAGCGUCCGCGUCGCGUCCUUUCACUAUAGGAGAUGACACCUAUAUUGUCGUGACGCAGUCGGCCUAUCGCAAUGCGCUCAUAUUUAAGUUCCAGGAAGGAAAGUUUGUAAAAUACCAGGAAGUCUUGGCUCCGUACUCAGCCGACGCAUCCUUCUUCACGUACAAGAGGAUACACUACAUUGCUUUUGCCACAAACUAUUUUAAUAAUAGUCCAGUUUUCGUAUGGGCUUAGAUUCACUGGGCAAUUGUAGACGCAAUUAGUGUCUUUUUUUAAACGCUAUUUUAUGCGGUAUUGCCUGCUGUAAAUUCCAGCCCUUUCUAUAAUUUAACAACGGACAUGUGAAGGUCAAGUUUGUUAAGUUAAAUGCUCAAAACAUCUUAAAUGAAUCGAGUUUCACGUUUUGAGUUAGCUAAAUGUGUUCAAGUUGUUAAAAGCGCCAAACCAACAAAAUCAACCAAACAAAUGUGUGUGUUUUAGCGGGUUGAGAGUUAAGGAUUAAACGAAGAGGAAAAAACCGUCGUGUGGGGCGCGAGCGAAACAGUUCGAACGAGCUUUGUGCGAGCCGUUAUGCAAUUUUGAGGAAUCUGCGAAAUCACGCUCAUGAAUUCCAAGCGAAAAAAUUUCAUUACAGCUUACGUCAGUUAAAAGCCUUGAACUGUUUUCAUUGUCCUGGACUUAAUGCUUCCAAUCGCGCCAUUUUAAAGCAAGACUAGCCAGAGGGUCCCCCAAAUGCGUUAUUGUCUCAGUCUCGAAGGUAAAAGAGAUAUCACCGUCGGUAGUUUUGAAUCGAAGGAGAAUAACAAGAUGAGAAGAAAAAAAUAUUCGGUAAUAAAAAAAUAAAUCAUAGUAUAGUUAAUAAUAAAUCAUAGUAUAUAGUUACCAAUACAAGACGUGAGAAUUGAUACUAUAGAAAAUCAUUCGAAUGAUUGUAAAUGAAUGAUAAAAAAAUUGUGUUUAUAUCAUUUGUAAAAAGUAGCUACGAUUUUUUGUUAUUCAAAGAUGCAUGUUGAAAAAAUAAAAAAUGAGUACGUGAA